AUGUCCCAUGUUGUAUUCAGUGGUUAUAUGUCUCCGGAGUAUGCAAUGGAAGGCACCUUCUCUAUUAAGUCCGAUAUCUUCAGCUUUGGAGUCCUAAUCUUGGAAAUUGUUAGUGGAAGAAGAAAUAGUAGCUUCGUUCAUCUUGACCGGACAUUUAAUCUUAUUGGAUAUGCAUGGGAGAAAUGGCAACUAGGGGAUGCUUUGGACUUGAAGGAUCCUAAAUUGGGAAAUACUUUUGUUCUAAAACAAUUCUUAAGGGUUGUGCACAUAGCCCUUCUCUGCGUACAAGAAAGUGCAACAGAUAGGCCAACAACAUACGAUAUGAUUUCCAUGCUCCUCAAUGACGCCACACCAUUACCCAUGCCAAACAGACCGGCAUUUGCUAUCGGAAGAGUGGAAUCACGGUCAAAUUUUGGUGAAACCAAAGCAAAGGAUUGCUCUGUAAACAAUAUGACCAUCACUGUCGUAGAGGGGAGAUAG